GAAAUUCAUGUGAACACAAUGAGGUGAAAUAGGAAUUCCGAAAUCUAAAUUCGGAAAACCACUUCUCCUUCCUUUCUCAGCAUGGUUCAUCGAUUUCUUGCUUCAGAAUUAAGAAUUCCACACUAAUAGAAAACAUUCCAAAUUCAGAUCACUAAUUCAUAGCAUCAAAAAAUAUACCUAAAAUAUAUCAUCAAUAGACCUUCAAAAAAUUUCUUUCACAUCGAACCACAAUUCGAAAAUCAACCAGUUUUGAAACCCAAAUUGAGCGCUUCACAGCUCUCAGGAGGGGGAAUGAACAUGAACGCAGGAUUCACGAAGCUGUGCAAGGGGCUGGCAGUGGUAUUAAUAGGCGGCCACUUUGUUGUGCAGAUUCCCACUGCUGUUUCUUAUCUUACUCUCAUCCCUGCCAAGACAAUUCCUUUUGGUUGGAAUCUCAUUACAGCUGGAUUUGUUGAACAAACAAUCUACGGGGUGGUGAUCAGUAUAGUUGGUCUUCUUUUUGUUGGGAGGAUGCUUGAACCCAUAUGGGGGUCUAGGGAAUUUUUGAAGUUCAUCUUUGUAGUUGACCUCCUAACAUCAUUUUGCAUUUUCACUGCUGCUAUUUCCAUGUACUACUUUACGAGGGAGGAAAUAUACCUUUACAAACCUAUUUCAGGAUUCCAAGGGAUCCUAUCGGGGCUUUUAGUUGGCAUCAAACAAAUAAUACCUGAUCAAGAGUUGUCUUUCUUAAAGAUAAAAGCAAAAUGGCUUCCGACCUUGGUAAUCUUGGUCUCUGUUGCUGUAAGCUUUUUAGUCACAGAAACAGCAGCAUACCUUCCUAUCUUGAUAUGUGGAACAUACAUGGGUUGGAUUUACCUUAGAUACUGGCAAAGAAAACCGGAGACGAACUUGAAAGGUGAUCCGAGUGAUGAAUUUGCUUUCUCCACAUUCUUCCCUGAAAUUUUAAGAUCGUUGAUUGAUCCUAUUGCCACAAUUUUUGAACGGAUGCUUUGUGGAAGACGACCAGAACCCCCUCAAGUCACAAAGGACUAUAAUUUCGUAGACACCUCAUUGCCUAGUCCAGAGUCUCUUGAAGCUUCUAGGAGAAGGGAACGAGGCGCUCGGGCGCUUGAAGAAAGGUUGGCUGCUGAGAGACUGAAGGCAGAACAGACUAAAAGGGAGUUAGGAAAUGUGUAGGAACUCAUUUUCCAGUUUUUAAUCUUGUUACAAGCUUCUUGUUAAAUCAUGCAAGGCAAAUUUUUGCAUUUGUUGAUUAUGAUCCUCAAAAUUUUGCAUUUUAUUAAUUCAUUUAUACUCGUAUCU